GAAAUACAGCAUACAGAACAACGAUAUAGGAGACCUGGAUCUGAGGGUGGAAAUGUGCCUUGAAAAUGGCAAAAAGCAAGAUUUUCAAUUGACCAAAUAUAAUGCGCUCACCACAGAAGCUGUCAUGAUCAGAAAUGCUGGUAAAGUUACCCUAAAUGUUCAGGGAACAGGACAUGGAACAUUAGCAGUUGUGCAGACAUACAGAACUAUGAAAAAGGAUGAGUCAUACUGUGAUCUUUUUCACCUUAGUGUUACGGUGGAAGGAGAGCUGGGAUACAAAAUGAACAAUAAGGAAGAAACGUUUGAUGAUUAUUACAACUACGAAGCCGAGGAGGAUCAAAAAGAUGAGCCCAUGAGCAGCAUAGAAUGGUUUGAUCUCCGCAGCCGUAGAAAAAGACAAAUCUCAGAGGAGCCAAAGAAAGAGAGUUCACUCAUAUACACAGUGUGUGUGGGGUGA